AUGACUUCGUUUUUGCCAUUUCUUCGGAUCAUCAUCCAGUUUUGCUUUUUGUUUCUCUACUUCCGAGCGUUUGCGGACGCACAAUGGGUGCCAGCUAAUGGACAAAAGUAUUUCGAGAUCGGAAUCGCUGAGAACAGCAAGACGCCGCAGAAUUGCCUCAAUGUGAAAUACCCAAACUACAUCUUUCAACAAUCCAUCUCGAACGCGGCACAACUUUGGGGAACCGUCCAGCUAUCAUUAAGUGUUUCGAUUCCCGACCAAGAGAUCGUCGUUUGGGUCUCUGGCCCGUCAAGUAUCAGCGGUUUUGCCGGUAUUUCUGGCGGAAGUAACACUGUCAAAAGUCAGCGUUUGAUUCCCUGGUCUCUGGGCGGUGGAUAUACGAUGGGAGACAGUUUACUUGAAGGUUUUACAGCCACAUGGUACUAUGGAUUCAGAAGUUUCCUAAAAGAAGUCUGGGCCGAGUACUGUGACUUCAAAAUUGUGUUCGCCGGGCACUCAGUUGGUGCGUGCGUGUCGCAAAUGUUGGCCUACGUGACGGUGCGUGGAGAAUACUGGGAAAAAGAUCUUGUCUCAUAUUAUGGAUACGGAGCGCCGAGAUGUGGAGAUCAGGAUUACGCCGCUGUUUUCGAUCAAACCGUCCCAAACGCAUAUCGCAUCAACUGGAACUCGGACCCCGUCGUUAACUUAGCCGCGAAUUCGUGCCCACGAGAAGUCGACCCGGUGCUCGGAGCGAAUCCCUCGUGCUGGUUCCAUUGUUGUACAGCCAUCAAGUACAGCUCUGGCGGCGCUCCGGGAACCCCGUGCACGAUUGAUGACAGUGCGACGUGCACAAGCGGUGGCAAUCAACUGUUCAACUCGGGUGAUCACACCGCCUAUUACGGUGUCACAUCCGCCAACUCCUACAAUCCGAACACGCUAACUUUUCCAUGUCUCAUAUUAAAUCUCUUUGGGUUAUUUGUGAUUUUCAAGAAAUCCCCAAUGGAAAUGAGAACUGUUUCUUAUUGUAUUGCGUAUUGGGUGGCAAUCGCUUCUCUCUUUGAUCUUUUCAUCAAGUUAAUUGGUGGCUCCUACUAUGAUUACUUUGAUGACCACGUUGUCGCUCGUUUCAAUGGAAUCAUGACUUUCUUGGAAAUCGAUCUUCGCAUCCAAAUGGGGGUUCUCAUUGUCGUAAUCAGCCAGGUGGCGCUGAGCUGUGUGGGUCUUUUUCUUGGUGCUCUUGGGAAAAUUUUGCCUCUAACCUCACCGUUUCGGUAUUAUUAUUGGUUUGGCUUCACAAGUGCCCUGCUAUCAUGCUUUACUUUUUGUGCAUCAUCCUGUUAUUUUUCUUUGUCAACACAAAACUUUGUCACUUACGCUCCAGCGUUGAAGCUAAUGUUCUUCAAUCACAACGAGUUAUACUUUUUCGGGAUGAUUUGGGUGUAUGCAUUGAUUGCUUAUUUGAUCGUGAUUGGUGCACUAAUCACAGAGAAACGAUAUUUCAAAGGAAUCAGCGGGCAAAUCAGUGAAAAAACAAAGCAACGACAACACGCGUAUAUGAGAAAAUCGAUUAUACAGACUUGUAUCCCCUUUUUCACCUUGAUUCCGAUCUUCUCAAUCACCGGCUACUUGCAAAUCACGCAGAAUGAUCAAAUGGAAUACUUGGCAAUUAUUGGCAGCACGAUCAUGAGUUUUUAUGGAAAUGCCACUGUUGUCACCACUUUUCUCCUUUAUCAACCAUUUUACGAUUAUUUACGAAGUUUCAUCUGUAAAAAUUCAAAACGGCGAAUGACGUUGAGCUCUGUGUUUGAGAAU